AUGUGGCGGCGACGACGCGUCGACAUUGGACGGUCUAGGAAGGCCGAAGCCGGUGUGGCUGGAGAGUUUGCUUGCGAGUUUCCAGACCUUUACCUGCAGAGUUUUUUUGCUUUUCUGCUCCUGAGUUUUCCGGAGCAAAAGCGCACCGAAAGCAAGGCACAGAGGGAAGCACCCGCAGUAGCCUCAAGCACCGUCGAUUUCGCAACGUGUGGCUAG